AUGACUCGCAGUAAAAACAUCCGUCUAUAUCGAGCUUGUCAGCGCUGUCGCACUCGAAAGCUCAAAUGCGACCCUAUUUCUUCCCCAGAUGGAACUAGAUCGCAAUGCUUUGAAUGUAUCCGCUCCAAUGAACCGUGUAUACCGGCUGGGUCAAAACGAGGGGGAAACUUCUCGCAAUUCCGACGCCCAAAACGCGUUGAAAGCCUCACGCCAACGCCAAGCCCUGUCAAUCCCAAUUGCCAAAAUGCAAGCGAGAGCAUGGAGGAGAACGCGAAAAGGGUGGAAGAUCCCAUUUAUGCUGAGUUGACUAAUCCGGGGGAGGCAUUGCAAAUACUAGCUCGGCUUGCGGCGCACGAUCAGUCAAUGUCGACUCGCUCCAGUGAUCAAAUACCGGCAGCCUCAGCAGGUGAGGUCCAAGCCCGGAAUGAUAAUUACGAUAUCAAUUUGCCAGGACCUGUGACACGGCCUUUGCUUCGGCCUACAUUAUCGGAAACCGAGACAUUGGUUAUUGGGGUGUUGGGAACAGACACAACACAGCACUUACUGAUUGAUUAUGCUACAAAUUAUCACCCCUUCUGCCCUCUUACGCCCAGAAGGCUCCUCGUGACUCCAGAUGUGCACAAGACAGCCAUUGAUGAACCAUUUUUACUUACGGUGAUCUUGACAAUCGCAUCAAAAGACGACACAGCAUAUCGGGAAAUACACCAGCAUUGCUGGCAGCACAUAAAGCGAUAUCUUCUUGAUAUCCUGUUGGCUACACCUUCCACCUUGAAUGUGGCAACAGUAGAAGGCCUUCUACUAUUGGCAGAGUGGAUCCCAUACUCAGAUGUUGGAAUCUCAUCUAACCCCCGGUUGCUAUCCGGAAAUCUAAGUGCAGUGGAGGAUAACAUGGCUUGGUCACUCAUUGGCCAGGCAGUGCGACAUGCAUAUCUUCUUCGACUAGAUAAAGCUUCUUUUCGCGAAAAGGUUGAUGGGGAGCCAUACGAGCUCGAGAAUAGGAAACGAUUGGCUUGGAUAUUUGUUUACAUCGCAGAUCGUCAGAUCUCAGUGCGAAUGGGUCAAUCAUUUUGGUCUCGCGGGCCCUCGCUCUCAACGCGCUUCACGGCAAAAGAUUUUCCAAGCUUACAACUAAGCGUCGAUUCGGAACAUAAUUAUGCACUGGUGCUCCAGGCGACUAUUGAGCUUACACAGCUCUUACAUAAUGCACAUGAUAUCCUCUAUUCGUCGAAAGAACGAAGACUGCAAAUGGUUCGACUGGGAGAUUACAAUCGCUACCUUGAUGAUUUCCGCCGGUCAUUUUCUGGGUGGCAGAGCCGCUGGGAUGGCCUUGAAGCAUCGCCAAAACUCAAGUGUACUUUGACAAUAUUCAAGGAGUAUGUAAGUUUGUACGUCCUUGCGUUUUCCUUCCAGUCAAUUUUAUCCAGGGCUGUCCACGACAAUCGGGUUGCUGGAACAUCGGCUUCAUGGCAUAAGAGAGCCCCAUCCCUAUUCCCAGAAGGCAUCAUGGCAUCCCCAGAUGGCGUCUAUGUCUUUGAAGCCGUUCGGUCGGCGCGGAACAUUCUUACUAUAGCAUGUGGAACGGAUCCCGUGGCCCACAUUCGCUAUAUGCCGUUCCGAUUUUACGUGUAUGCCAUUUACUCAGCAGUGUUUCUAUAUAAAGCGGGUGUUUUUGGUGCAUUCACACAUAGAGAACAUGGAGAAGUAUCAGAUCUCGUGCAUCAAUUCAUCAGUAUUCUUGAUGAAGCCAGCACUGGCGACAGCCACAUAGGGGGUCGCUACGCAAAGCUUCUCAAGCGAAUUUGCUUUGUUGAACAAAAUAGGAGGGCAAUCACUGGGAACAAUCCUCCGUAUAUCAGUACCAGAAACGACAAGCCUUCAAAUCUUGAUUCACUCGGGUCUUGGGAUUCCUACAUACCCCCAGAUAUGAGUUGUACAGAUGCGAUACUGAUGCCCUCGCCGGACUUCAAUUUGUUCUGUCCAGACUUUUCAACACUAGAAUCUGAGCUGUUCGAUCCAAUGGCUGGUGGUUGA